AAUCUUAAAGCGGAAGUAAAAAAUAAGGCACCGAGCUUCUUGAAGGCCUACAAGAAACUCUCACAAAACGAAGAAAGUCAAGAUAUAAAAUAUGCUGAGGUGUCGUUACUGGUAAACUUCCGUAUAGGAAAGACUACAGAAAAAUUUGCAAGAGGCUCUGAAAAUCAAGAUUCUG